CCACGGCGAUAGACGCGAUUCAGAGGCUAUAACGGAGGCAGGGCUGUGAUGAGCUAAGAUUUGAAGAUUUCUGCACGGGGUUUUCCCCCUCCGUUAAUUAGCUAAAUUAGAAGAAGCUUUUCUCUGAUAGAUUUGCGGUUUUUCUACGACACAGGAUUGGGUCUUAUUGGCGUAUAUUUGUUUUUUGGGUGCAGAUGCGGUAGCUAGCUAGCUGGUUAGCCUGUGUGAUUUUUUUUUUAGCUAGCCUGCUGCUGGCUGUAUCUGGUUUGUAUUGGAGCUGAAAGCAAAUGUUUGCUAACGGCGCCUCCGCCCGCUGAUCACCGCGGUAACGUUAGCUGCGGCGGUGGACGGAGCGGAGCGGCUAGCACGGGCGGCGUUGAUUAGCUAAUCUGCACUGUCAUGUUUUACUCCGUUCUGUCGUUCUUCGCCAUCUGUUGUUAACUGGUCGUUUAGCUAACCGUCUAGCGUGUCGGUUAGUUGGCUAGCUGAUGGACAGUUUUGCGGGCGGUCUGUGUCACUACUCGGGCGCCGUUUGGUCUUGGUAUUGGGGCGGUUAGCUAAGCUAGUUAGCACAACUUAGCACGGAUGUCGUGGCAGGCAGGCUUGUCCCGUCCAUACCGGGACUGAAGCUGCUUAGCUGGGCUUUGGGGCAUCAAAUCAACGGCGGGGGAGAAGUUAAUUUCAGCCUGGGCGGUGGAGAGCAGGACUAGCUUGGUUAGCUAACGCUAAGCUAUUUGCUUUCGAUUUAAUGAGCGACGGAGCGACAAGAGCUGCACCUUCACUACUAGCUAUCCUUCGUGCUAGGUUGGCUAGCUAACUAGUUAACUAAACCAGAUAGCUUAGGUAGCUAACUAGCUUACUAGCUAGCGAUAGCUAAACACUGCAUUGGUUUAUCAGCUGGCUAGCUUGACACUACAUUCGACCUAGGUUUGUUAGCUAACUAGCUAAGCUAUCCAAUAGAUUGCUAAGCUAGCUAGUUAGCUAUAACUAUAUGUAUUAACUAGGUUACCCUUGCUAAAACGUAUACGCUAGAUACUUAUUAACCUAGCUAGCGGUUUUACCUUCUCAUUAGAUAACUACUAAACAGCCAGGGCCCUAGCUGGCUAACGAAUGCUUGCUAGCCAACAACUAACCAAGCUAACUAUCUAGCUAAGUUUGCUAGCUAAUUAACCAAAGGCCCUGCGGUUUAUUCUCAUUAUUCUCAGAUUCAUAUCGAAAGGCCUCUGAGGUCUAGCCUAAUAGUACCACUAGCUAACUGGCUACAGCAGUUAGCUAGCUUUAUUGUCAGAGUCCGCUUUUUUUCCCGUUUCGAAACAAUCUGAAAAAGGGGGUGAGACCCUGUCAGAGCACAGUCUCCGUGUGUUUAAACAGAGGGAAUUGUAGCUAACUAGAUAGCUAUCUUAAAAACACUACGGCGAUGACACUGGAGUCCAUGAUGGCUUGCUGCCUGAGUGAGGAGGCCAAGGAGUCGAAAAGAAUCAACGCUGAGAUCGACAAGCAGCUUCGCAGAGACAAGCGAGAUGCGAGGAGAGAGCUGAAGCUCCUGCUGCUGGGCACCGGUGAGAGCGGCAAGAGCACAUUUAUCAAACAGAUGCGCAUCAUCCACGGCUCAGGCUACACUGAUGAAGAUAAGCGCAGCUUCACCAAGCUCGUCUACCAGAACAUCUUCACCUCCAUGCAGGCCAUGAUCCGUGCCAUGGACAACCUCAAAAUCCAGUACAAGUACGAGCAAAACAAGGCCAAUGCAUUACUGGUGCGAGAAGUUGAUGUGGAGAAGGUGUGCUCGUUUGAUCAGCCCUACAUCAACGCAAUAAAGAUGCUGUGGGCCGACCCUGGCAUCCAGGAGUCCUACGAUCGCAGGAGAGAGUACCAGCUGUCGGACUCCACCAAAUAUUACCUUGGGGAUUUAGAGCGCAUAUCCAUCACAGGGUACGUGCCCACUCAACAGGACGUGCUGAGGGUCCGAGUGCCCACCACUGGCAUCAUAGAGUACCCUUUUGAUCUGGAGAAUAUAAUCUUCAGGAUGGUGGAUGUAGGAGGGCAGAGGUCAGAGCGCAGGAAGUGGAUCCACUGCUUUGAGAAUGUGACGUCAAUCAUGUUCCUGGUUGCCCUGAGCGAGUAUGACCAGGUCUUGGUGGAGUCCGAUAACGAGAAUCGAAUGGAGGAAAGCAAGGCCCUCUUCCGGACGAUAAUCACCUACCCCUGGUUCCAGAACUCCUCCGUCAUUCUGUUCCUCAACAAGAAGGACCUGCUGGAGGAAAAGAUUAUGUACUCUCACCUGGUCGAUUACUUCCCUGAAUUUGAUGGUCCACAGAGAGAUGCGCAGGCGGGGCGCGAGUUCAUCCUGAAGAUGUUUGUGGACCUGAAUCCGGACAGCGACAAAAUCAUCUACUCUCACUUCACCUGCGCCACAGACACGGAGAACAUCCGCUUCGUCUUCGCCGCCGUCAAAGACACCAUCCUGCAGCUCAACCUUAAAGAGUACAACCUGGUGUGAGGCAAGGAUCCAGAUGGAGGGAUGCCUGCAGCCCAGGCAGAAUCUGAUUUUUAUGUACCCCACACACACACACACACACACACACACACACACACACACACACACACCACACACACAUGCGCACACACACCAGACAAACGCACACACUUGCAUUCAAACACACUCUUAACAUAAUCAGAGACUGACACAGCCCUACUCUUUACAGGCACAGAUGUUUGGUAUUUGUAGUUCUUUUCUUUGGCCGUUGUUGUCAUUCUGGCAGUGUUAUCAGUUGCUGCAGGAAGAUGCAGGCUCUUGCCUUCUCCCAUCAGCUGAUAACUCUUCUUCUGCCCGUCCCUUCUGAAGCAGAUUAAUUAAUUAAGCUUCUCGGACGGAAGGGCUGACGGAAGGGGCGGUCGGACUGCGCGUGUCUGUGGUCGACAGGGUCCUAGUUUGCACUGUAGCCGAGUUGCAGGUGAGAACUGAGGUGGGAACAUUGUCCAAAAGGAGGAGACCCUGACCUUAAAUGUUAAAGUAGAGCGGGGACUGCAUACGGAAUGCUGGUGGGACAUUGUUGGCACAGGGGGGAGAUCCUAGCAGGGCAUUGGCUGCAGGUUUUCUGCAUGCCUUUUCUCCAAGGCUAAGCUUCAGCUAAACUUCACUUGUAUCCUUGAAUGUACCUUGGCAUGCUUUUGGAAUCAAAUGAGUGUUAACUGAUGACAUCUCAUGGAGAACGGCAGAGACCGUGUGCAUUGAUUAUUGAUUUGUUUUUAUUUUUUUCUUUCAUUUUUAUAUAUUACAAAUGAUGAAUGGAUUUCUUGCGACUACAAUAUAAACACUACUGCUGCACUCCAAGAAGCAAUGGUUCCUCACAAACCAUGUGGUAAUUAAUAAUAAUGUUCCCUCUUAAUAUAGGGGGAUAGAUGAUAAUUCGGGUCAUGUGUUUUUUUUUUUUUUUUUUUUUUUUUUCUUCUUCUUUCCAUUUUCUUUUUUUUUUCUUUUAUUGUUAAAAACAAGAUUCAACAUAUUAAAUCAACAGAUUUUCUCCUAACUGUUUGCUUUGAUAACUUGCAGUAGGCGUCCUCCUCCAUCUGUACCAUUUGCCAAAUUUACAUUGACUUAGAUGUUUCUGAAGCACAUGUUUCUGCCAGUAUUGGUUGCAUUACUCGGUACAGUUGAAGGAACAACAUGAACAUUUAAUGAAGUUUGCGAAAAACAAAUUUGUACUUUAUGUAUGUUUACAUACAUUGUUAAGAAACUCUGGCUCGAGAUGAUUAAUAUAAUAAUAAUAAUAAUAAUAAUCCAGGUGUUAUUUUUGCCACAUAGUAUCUAUUAUUAAGACAUCUAUUAUUCUGUGUUCUAGUUGUUGAAUACUGUUAUAUUAAUGCAGUGCAUCAUGCUUAUGAAUUAAUUUCAUGGUUGAUUUGAAUAGAUAGAUGAAGGUAAUCUCAAAAGGCGAUAUUUGUACAGAGAAAGUAAGAAAAAGAAGAAGCAGCAGGAGUAGAGCAGGAAUCUUUAAUCAUGAAUCAUAAAAGCUACAAGCUACAUCACCCCUAUCGUGACUUUUAAUAACUCUAAUAAUAAUAAAACUGCUGGUUCCAUGUCGAACAUUUUUUUUUCUUCUUCAGCCCAUGUAGUUCUACACAACACAACAACAGUGUGCUGUUUAAGGUGAAAUCAAUCAUUUUUUUUAUUUAUGUAAUUUAUGGACCAGAUAAACAUAUAAUAUUAAUAAUGGAACUCUCUGGUUUCCCCCUGGAGAUUCUUUGAAAUUGUUUAAGGCAGGGGGUGCAGAGUCUGUACUGCUGUAAAAAUCUAUUGCCUAGUGAUUUUACUUUUCUUUUUCUUUUUUUCAGUAUUUUGUACAUGGUUGUCGCGGUUAUGUUCAUGCUAAGAUCUUUUUUUUUUUUUUUAAGAAGUUUUAUUUUCGUGGCGCUUUAUGCAAAUAGGAAUUUUGAGAAUUUAUCAGUGGUUAAAUUCUUCAUUGGUCUAUGCUUGCGUUUUGUAACUUGAGAGGUUUUCUUUGUGUUUUUUUUUUUUUUUUUUUUUUUAACAACGCCAUUAGUUCCUGCUGUUAAUAGCUUUUGAAAUUCCACAGAUGAUAUUGUCAGUAGCUAGGGUUUGGCUUUUUUUUGUUGUUUUUUUUUUUGUCUUUGCAAUGUAAUUCAGGUGAGUUUUCAUGCUUUCAUGAUAAGGGCUAAUUAAGGGUAAAGCUGAUGGAAUGGAAGGAACUCCAGUGAGACUACAGAGCAAUAGGUGCAAUGAAGUGAGAAGCUGAAUCAGGGAGACAGUGUGUGCUUCUUGAUGGGUGGGAGUGGUCGGGCGGUUCUUGUCACCACAGGUUUAGGAUUCGGUUUCAGGUUAGUUUUGGGUCUGGUUUUGAAGGCGUUUUAGACACACACCCCACAAAUGUUGAUGCUUUUAUUGAUAUUUUAAUGUGUUCAGAACACCACGAGGAACUCCGAAGCAAAGACUGUAGAAAACAUGCAGCUACAUCAGUUCCAUUCCCUUCUGUUGUAUUAAAACAAGACCGCCAUGUUUGCGACCAGUAAAAAGUGAAAAAGUGCAACAAGAGGCUUUCUCCCAGAACAAUAAUCUCAGACCUACAUUGCAGGCUAAAAAAAAAACAACAAAAGUAAAGAGAAUUUUUCCACUAGAAGUUAUACCCAGUUUGUCCUGUAAGUGUAGUAAUCUUUCAACAGUUAAAGUGUAGUUAUGUAUGUAUUAUUAUUUUUUUAAUUAUUAUUAUAAAAUUGUGCCCUGUUUACUGCCGAGACAAAUCAAAGCUGCUGUGAUCCAAUUCAGUUUCACCCUCGACCUGCUGCUGCGAUUGAUCAUUAAAUGGAGAAACAGUAAUGUUUUCUGUGGUAUUUGGACAGGAUUUACAUCAGAAAAUUAAUCUAAACCACCAAGUCUAGCACAUCUAUCUAUACUAAUAUUAAGAUGGCUGGCUGAUACUUUGUACUUUGCGUUUGUUGAUGUGAACAACAGCGCAACCAACACCACAUGAUCAAUAAUAAAAUGAUUAGCUGUUGAGCUGUUGGGCAAGUAGCUUGUUAAUCAGCUACUCCAUGUAAUGAACAGAAAAGUCCUGCAGAAGGUUUGUUGCAGCCAGUGCUGUCAAUCACUUCAUUCCUAAUGAUGAAGCAGAAUAUAUACAGCUGUGGAAAAAAAUUAAGAGACCACUUCAAUUUCGGGUUUCUCUGAAUGUAAAGAAAACAAGUUCAUAUUCAUAAAGUUUUAGGAGUUCAGAAAUCAUCGAUAUUUGGUGGAAUAAUCCUGUUUUUUAAUCACAGUUUUCAUGCAUCUUGGCAUGUUCUCCUCCACCAGUCUUACACACUGCUUUUGGAUAACCUUAUGCCACUCCUUGUGAUCAUCCAUCUUUCUCUUGAUUAUCUUUCAGAGGAUUUCAGUUUGGUAAAAACUGUAUUUAAUGACAGAUUUCUGGGUUGAAUGAAGAAUGUUCCAAUGUUAGCAAAGGAAAGCCCGACUAAAGUUGAAAUUACACACUGGAGAUGGAAAGAAGAGGAAAAAUUAAGUGGAACCACAUAGUGAUGAGUUUAGUACUUUAACAGGCCAGCGAAGACACCUUGAAUUGUGGUGGCUUCACUUCAGACUGAGAGACUAAAUUGCACUCGCUGUCUGUGCUUUCUACAGUCAUUGCUCAUAGGAAGUAAGAGCAGGCUUCUUCUUUGUAUAUUUGUUUGUGUGUAUGUAUGUAUGUACAUACAGUAUGUAUACACUUACAAAUAUGUAUGUAUAUAUAUUUUUUCCUGUAGGUGAUGCUGGAGUGAAUCUCCUGUAUGCUAGUGUGGACCACAGUCAUGGAUUGAAAUGUGGAGUUGCAGUUGAGCAGUUGAUGUGAAAGUUGUCGCAGAACUCGUAAUUCUUAAACGUUUUCACAAGCAUCUCUCGUUUUAUGCAAACGUGUUGGUUCGGUGCAACAGAAACGGCAGGGGCUCGGCUUCUCCUCGGACCCUGUUCUUAUAAAGCACUUACGUUUAUUUGGUGGUUGUGCCCCACUUGGUUUCUACGUUUAUGGCCAGAAUUUUGUCCCAUUUCUGGAUGAAACAUCUUCCUUUGUAUUAUAUUCCCUUUAAUAACGGUGAUCGGUUUGUUCUGUCUGUGCUGUUUAUCAUUAUCAGAACACUUGAAUCCUGAGAGGUGGUGCAGCUUGAGAAUAGCAUCGGUCCGUGCUGUACCCACGGAGGGUACAAGUCAUUAUCUUGCUAGUGCCACAAAAAUCACUUAAGAGUUUUUUUUUUUUUUUUUUUUGUUAUGGUUAUUAUUAUUAUUUCACUUGUGUCUGGAUUUAUAGGAGAAACACUCGUUCUUGGCUUGGAAGUUUGUGCCAGUGUUGCACUACUAUACAUUCUUCUGAUUCUGUUUCAACGAUUAUAUUAUAGACGAUAAGCCCUGUCUACAUGUAUUAAACGUAGGUUUGGAUACUAUAGCAGAACUCGUGACGGUCAAUGUCCAUUUCUCUCUUAGCGUGAUGGUGGUAAUAUCAACACUUAUUAUAUUUAGUCGAGCAUUUCUGAUUUUAUGUAAUGAAACGUGUAUGUUUAUAUCAGUACAAACACUAAGGUUUGGCUGUAUUGCCUAGAAGUUCCACAAACACAUACACACACUGUGUCCAAAAGUUUGUGGAUGCCUGCUUGCUCAAUGUUAUUUAAAAAAAAAAAAAAAAAAAAGUAUGGGCAAAUAUGGAGUUUGUCCCUGCUUUGCUUCAUCUACUUCUGUAGAGAUUUUACACUAGAUGUUGGAACAUUGCUGUAAGCCAUCCUGAAGGAGGCUGUUGGUCCAUCACCCCAGAGAAGGCAGUUCCACUGAUCCACAGCACAGCCCAAGACUUCUAUGACUGGUAGUUGUUUGGGGGGGGGGGGGCUUUACACCCCCCUAGCCAACACUUCCUGAUGGGCAUUUUAACCAUAGCCUCAGGUGUCCCCACCUGUGAAGCUUAUUAUUAAGCUUACAACAAACCCUGUGUCUGUCAGCAGCAGUGGGUGAGUUCACUAAUUAGAAGAGGUGUCUGGACACUUUUGGACACAUUCUAUAUUUUAUAUUAGCAUUAAAAUAAAACACUACCAGAUUACAGUAUCCCAAUGUCAUGUAUUCCAGAAAGAUGCUCAAGUCAUUCACGUGUUUUCCAGAGGAGCUUGUCCAGCCCUUGAAUGAAUCUUGAUGGUUAGGUUUUUUUUGUUUGUUUGUUAGUUUUUUGGAAACGGUCCUCUCUGGGUCAGUCUGCUGAACCUGCUGAGAUCCUGCAGCUUUUCCGGUUGUUCAAGCACCACGUUCCUGGUACUCUGAGAUGAGCUGAACACUAAUUAAUGGAAAAGAUGCUUUUGCUUGAGGUCCACACGGACGUGAUAUAUAUAUAUAUAUAUAUAUAUAUAUAUAUAUAUAUAUAUAUAUAUAUAUAUAUAUAUAUAUAUAUAUAUAUAUAUAUAAAAUAUGAAGCUAAUGUUUUUUUUCUUCUUCUUCUAUUGCUGAUACAUUACCUGAACACUUGUAUGUAGGAUCACUUAAUAUAAAGGAUUUUUUUUUUUGUAGUGGUGUAUAAAAUCAAAGUAAUGAUUUUUUUUUUGUUGUUGUUCUUUUGCUCUUUUUAAGCAUACCAAAUGUAAAUGCUGUACUAUAAUGAGUGUGCCAAUUCCCUUUCUUUGUAGAGCCAGACUCUUUUAACAAGUGCCAAUAUUGUGUAAAAUCAUUUAAAAAGGACUUGGGUCUAUGUAUUUUAUGGUCCUGUUUUUAAGGCAAGCCAAUACCAAGUAUGUGAUUAAGUUAAAAAAAAAAAAAAGACAGUUUUGUUUCUUUAUUUAAGGUUAAAGAUGAUAAACUGCUGUUUUUAAAUGAAACGACAUCCUAAAUGCAUGUAUUAGUUUUGCUGGGGAGGGUUGGGUGGCCUAACUGUUGAUCAUUUACAGUAUUUUAGCCAUAUUUCUCUUUUUGUACGUUUUCAUUUCAACCACUGUUGCCUGAACCUCAUUCAAACAUGAAAACGAUUUUCAUAACCUUCUCCUUGAAAGAAAAAUUAUCUGUUUCAAAUUGGAAUAAACUUUGUUCCUAUA